GAACAAUUUCAAGGUAAUCCAGGUGAGCUCGUAAUUUAUCGAUUGGAUCUCUCUAGCCUAAAGAGCGUGAAAGAAUGUGCAAAAACCUUGUUAAUGAAGGAAUCGGCUAUUCAUCUGCUAAUAAAUAAUGCCGGCGUGAUGAUGUGCCCGCAAGAAACAACGGAAGAUGGAUUUGACUUACAACUACAAACAAACUACAUCGGCCACUUUCUUCUGACGCUUUUGCUGUUGCCAAAAAUGCAAUCUUCUGAUCCUAUCUGUAGAAUAUUGAAUAUAUCAUCGCGUAUUCAUAUUUUUGGUGCUAUACAUGAUGACUUAAAUUUGAAGGAAUCAUACACUCCUCUUAAGGCCUAUAUGCAAAGUAAACUGGCAAACAUAUUGUUUACCAAGGAACUCGCUCGUCGGUUAAAAGAAGCAAACAUUAACGGAAUAAAUGUAUAUUCCUUGCAUCCUGGCGCUAUAAAAACAGACCUAGGUCGGCAUUUUAGUAGAACAAUAUUCCCAGGUGCAAACACUAUUAUUCGAGCGAUCUUGCGACCAGUUUUAAAGAAUCCUGAAGAAGGUGCACAAACGACGAUAUAUUGUUCGGUGGAUGAAAAAGCAGCUAACGAAACUGGUCUCUAUUACCAGGAAUGCAGAGUUGCGACUCCACAUUGGCGAAUUCAAAAUGAUCAAAUUGCUAAAGACUUAUGGAACCAAACUUGUCGGCUUCUGCAUUUAAAACCGGACAAAGAUCUUGCCACAUUUUUGAAAAACGUUUCCUGUCAAAUUGCUGAUGAAUAAUAUUGUAUAACUGCAUAAUAUAUGAUAGAAUUAUAUAUGAAUUGAAUAGUAUAUGA